AUGCCGUCAACGGAUAAAUUGAAGGCCUCUUUAGCAACAUCUGUCAUUAAGCGCGAGAAUGCAUUUUCUGCGGCAUCUACUCUUCUUAAAUUAAUAGAGGAUUUGACCACAGAAGUCGAUGUGGCCAACAUGUGUCUGGCUGAGUUGGUCAAAGUGGAAAAGACUUUCAGGGAGGCUGAUGAGUUAGUUGUCCAACUCAAUUCUCAGCUAGAGGAGCCUGGUCAGAUGGGAUCACCAUCAAAAUUCGAGGCAUUUUUUGAAAUUUGCCUACAGGUACGUGUCGCCCAUAGUCGUCUAACCGCAUCUACGUCUGUUAAGGCGCCAUCAUUGUCAUCGGCUGAGCUACCUAUUCCGAGGGUUGACCUGCCUUGCUUUCAGGGCAAGGUUGAGGAAUGGCCCGGAUUCAUCUCUCUAUUCGACGCCUUAGUGCAUCAGAACAAUUCCCUGGCGCCCGUUCAGAAGUUUCACCUCUUGGCAUCUGCCAUCUCUGGUGAAGCAGCAUCUGUCAUCUCUGGCUUUCAACUAAAUUCGGUGAAUUACCCUCUGGCCUAUCAAGCCCUUCACUCCCGGUAUCAAAACCCUCGUCGGUUGGCGAAUCUUUAUGUGAAUCAGAUCUUGGAUUCACGGCCCGCAUCUGUGUCUUCCUUACCACAGUUGAAGAAAUUCGUCACGACGCAUCAGAAUGCCAUUCAUGCUAUCAAGGCAUUACCCAUUUCAGAUCUGGCUGACUUCCUCUUGUUUUCUCUAGCUUUGCGCAACCUCGAUAUACCAUCUCGCCACUUGUUUGAGGGGCAGUUAUCCUCUGAUGACUUUCCCACUCUCGCUCAGUUGCUCGAAUUCACCAAUCGACAGUUGCGAUUGUUGGAGAGCACUUCCGUCACCUCAUCCAUUGCGCCGAAGGGAUCAUUAAGACCUCAAUCUCCAGCAGGCUCAGCAUCUGUUUCCCCAUCGUCUGUGCCUUCAUCCUCUGGUGUGUAUCCUCGCCGCCCUGCUAACGCUGGUGCGUGCCCUUCGUCGUCUUCCGCGUGUGUGUUUUGCUCAGCGAAUCAUUCUGUUCGCCAGUGUCGUGAGUUCAAGGCCAUGAACGUUAAUCAGCGACGAGCUUUCGUGACUGAAAGGCGACUAUGUAGAAAUUGCAUGUCGUCUUUCCAUGCCACCGCUAAGUGCAGUUCGGGUCAGAGCUGUCACACAUGCGGGGGACGACACCAUACAAUUCUCCAUCUGGCAUCUGCUGCCGCGGUAUCUGCUGCCACUGCAUCCCCUUCCGUUUCCUAUGCUGGAAGGAAAUCCCUUUCAACGGAAGAACGUCCUUCUUCGCCCUCUGUUUCAUCAGAGGAGCCAACCCGUGCUUUCACCUCUCGGGGCACCUCAAUAAGAGCUCGAUCAGCGGGGAUCUCGCUGAUGUCACGCCGAAGCCCUGAGGCGGCAGGUUCAGUGUCGUCCCGAGCCUCGCCAGCUUCACCUCCCCUUUAUUCUUCCCACUCCCCUGGAAGUGGUUCCGAAUGA